AUUCUAUCAUUAUUAUCUAUAAGCAUAGUCAUGUUGUAUCCGUUGGCAAAUCCACUUGUAUUAUUAUCACAUAUCAUGGGCAAUAAUAUGCACUAUUCUUUCAAGUUUUCGAGACUCCUCUAAACAUAUAUGACAAAGAUAUAUAUAGAAACAAAAUAAUUUCACAUUAUAAUUUUUAUUGACUAGUAUAUUUUCUUUUCAUAUUUAGAGAUGAGGAUGAUGAUAUGAAGAAAAGAAAGAAAAAUUGUUUGAAACACACAAAUUGUUUGUGGCUAAAAACCACCUCACUUUGUUGAUGAGAUUUGGUUCAAAAUAAUACUCACCUCCAAAAGCUCAUCCACUUGAAAAAAAUUCUUUCUUCAUUCACGUUACAACAAAAUUUUGAGGCCCCCUCUUUAUUUUGUCUUUUUUCUCAACACAUAUUUAUCAAACUGUUGCUAUUUUUCACUUCAUUAUUACAUUUCAAUAAUUUCUCCCUAAGGAGCUUCUCUCCAUUGGUUCCUUUGCAUGCAUUUUCUUGCUUAGUUUUGGAAACUAAGGAUUGCUUAAGGCCGAUAUCAACAAACACCGUUGAAAAUGGGAGAGAUAACCAAUGUCAGUGAAUAUGAGAAUAUUGCAAAGCAGAAAUUGCCAAAGAUGGUGUUUGACUACUACGCAUCCGGUGCUGAGGAUCAGUGGACUCUUCAAGAAAACAGAAAUGCCUUUUCAAGAAUUUUGUUUAGGCCGCGAAUUCUUAUUGAUGUGAGCAAGAUAGACUUGUCAACAACUGUCCUCGGCUUCAAAAUAUCGAUGCCAAUUAUGAUUGCUCCAACUGCCAUGCAGAAAAUGGCUCACCCUGAGGGAGAAUAUGCAACUGCAAGAGCUGCAUCUGCUGCUGGAACAAUCAUGACUUUGUCAUCAUGGGCUACUUCAAGUGUUGAAGAAGUUGCUUCAACAGGACCUGGCAUUCGCUUUUUCCAGCUAUAUGUGUAUAAGGACAGGAAUGUGGUUGCUCAGCUUGUGAGAAGAGCCGAAAAAGCUGGAUUCAAAGCUAUUGCCCUUACUGUUGAUACUCCAAGACUUGGACGCAGAGAAGCUGAUAUCAAGAACAGAUUUGUUCUGCCACCAUUUUUGACAUUGAAGAACUUUGAAGGGCUUGACCUCGGAAAGAUGGACGAAGCUAAUGACUCUGGACUUUCUUCAUAUGUUGCCGGUCAAAUUGAUCGUACUCUAAGCUGGCAGGAUGUGAAGUGGCUUCAGACAAUUACCAGCUUGCCAAUUCUUGUGAAGGGUGUUCUCACUGCUGAGGAUGCAAGGCUAGCAGUACAAAGUGGUGCAGCUGGAAUAAUUGUGUCCAACCAUGGAGCAAGACAACUUGAUUAUGUUCCAGCCACCAUAAGUGCAUUAGAAGAGGUUGUGAAAGCUGCUCAAGGUCGCAUUCCUGUAUUUUUGGAUGGAGGUGUACGCCGUGGAACUGAUGUUUUCAAGGCAUUGGCACUUGGUGCCUCUGGCAUCUUUAUUGGACGCCCUGUGGUGUUUUCCUUGGCUGCUGAAGGAGAAGCUGGUGUAAGAAAUGUACUGAAAAUGUUGCGCGACGAGUUUGAGCUAACAAUGGCUUUAAGUGGAUGCCGCUCACUCAAGGAAAUCACUCGUGAUCACAUUGUUGCAGAUUGGGACACCCCUCGCGUUAAUCCUCGCGCCAUACCAAGAUUAUGAAAAACUUAAUCUCAUCAUUUGAGCUAAGUUUAUUAAUUAAUGUACAAUUAAUGAGGAAACAGUUCCAAACUUGUUCUUAUCUUGUCAUCUUUUGCUUUUAAAGAGAACUCAUUUAUGGUUUUCAUAUAUUUGUAAAACUACAUGCUUUCUCUGUAUGGAUAAUAUUAUAUAUAGUUGUGUGGCUACUCUGCUACAUUCACUCA